AUGGUACCCAACCAUGGAUUGAAGAUAGAAGAAGGAGCAAAGCUAGCAGACCGGGAGAAGUAUCAACGAUUGGUGGGAAAGUUGAUCUAUCUCUCACAUACUCGACCAGAUAUUACCUAUGCAGUUGGUAUAGUCAGUCAGUUUAUGCACAAACCGCAAGAAGACCAUAUGGAGGCUGCCUUGAAGAUUGUAAGAUAUCUGAAGGGGACUGUAGGAUACGGAGUACUCCUAGAAAAAGGAGGAGAUCUGAAGGUUCAUGGAUACAUUGACGCUGAUUGGGCAAGCAAUCCAGUUGACAGGAAAUCUACGGGAGGAUACUUCACGUUCGUAGGGGGAACCUGGUCACUUGGAGAAGCAAGAAACAAAAGGUUGUUGCCUUAUCUAGUGCGGAAGCAGAGUUCCGAGGAAUCAAGAGUGGUUUAA